GGAGUCCACUGCACAGCGGCCACAGGACAAGGGUCGUAGGCCGCCGUGCUGCGCUCUCCGUCCGCUUCUCACACCGCUGCUCCCGACCCCCGGCUGUGCAGGCGCCUGGUGGGGACAUGGAGGACUCGGGUUGCGAGGACCUCCGGAGCCGGGAGGCAGAGAGUUUUCUCUACUUCGCCUACGGCAGCAACCUGCUGACGGAGCGCAUCCACCUCCGAAACCCCUCGGCCGCGUUCUUCUGCGUGGCCCGCCUGCAGGAUUUUAAGCUUGACUUUGGCAAUUUCAAAGGCAAAACAAGUGAAACUUGGCAUGGAGGUAUCGCCACCAUUUUUCAAAGUCCUGGCGAUGAAGUAUGGGGAGUAGUAUGGAAAAUGAACAAAAGCAAUUUAAGUUCUCUGGAUAAGCAAGAAGGGGUUAAAAGUGGAACAUAUGUCCCAAUAGAAGUUAAUGUUUACACUCAAGAAGGAAAAAAAAUAACCUGUCGAAGUUAUCAGAUGAAAAAUUAUGAGUCUGCUCCCCCAUCCCCCCAGUAUAAAAAGGUCAUUUGCAUGGGUGCAAAAGAGAACGGUUUGCCACUGGAGUAUCAAAAGAUGUUAAAUGCAAUAGAACCAAAUGACUACAAAGGAAAGGUCUCAGAAGAAAUUGAAGACAUUAUCACAAAGAGGGAAACAAAAACUCAUUAGGACCUAAUAGAAUAGAUCUACAAAUAUUUCCUCCGUGUGCUAAUAGAUUUUUAAUGGUUAGAAAAGGGAUCUUCGAUAUCUCUGUAUUUAAUAUAUUUUCACCACUGCUCUGAAGGGACAUCUCAGUUGGGUGACUCCUUGUUUUCAGAACAUAAAAAGAAACUGGGUUAGGAGUUAGACAAUUGAAAAGAGGGCCUCAAGGCACCAGAAGUGCAUGACGGAUGGAUGUGGGUACUCCUUCUGUGGGCACUUAAAGUUAUUUUCUUGAGUGGAUCUGAAGUGUCGUCUUGCUCUGUGACAAAGGAUCGAUUUGCAGCUUAACGAUGGUGCUGGUGAAAUGCUCUGCUCUGGGAUUUUUUAAAUCAGCUUAAUAAGAGCAAGCGAACUGCAGAGGCAGUUGAUAAUAAAGUUUUUUUAAUUUAAAA